AUGGCAGAGGGUGGUAGUAGAAAACGAACCUCACUUACUCAAGAUGAAGCUGAAACAUCUCACAGUCAGAAGAGUCACAGUGAUGCUUCUCAUGAUGAAUAUGAAUCUCCUGAUGAAGGAAGCAUCCACAGGGCCCCAAAGUUCACAGAUGAUGAAACAGACACCCUCAUUGACCAAGUUAUUCAUCAUACAUGUCAGCUAUUUGGUCCCGAAGCUUUUAAUGUACACCAGAAAUUUAAAAAUAAUACUUGGGAAGAAAUAGCAAAAUCUGUGUCUACAGCUCGAGAUAUACAUCGAACUCCUGAAAGCUGCAAAAAGAGACUACGUGACUGUAAGAGGAAGACAAAUCAUAAAGUAAAGUGUAGAAGAAAACUCCAAAAGGUUUGGGAGAAAAAACUAGAAGAGCACUUUAGAAUGGUACAAGAUGAAGAGAGGCCAAACACUGGUUCCCAGGAACUUAAGGGUGCUCAAGAAAAAAAUCAAAAGAAAACACAUAAGAAACAGCAGAAGAAUUUGGAAGAGCAACAGUCAGGUUCCUUUACAAAAAUUUCAAGGAAAGUUUCUUUUUCAGAAACAAAAACAGUUAUGACAGAAAAUGUUCCUUCAACUGCGGAUGAACCAUCAGUGAUGCCACAUAUUUUAACAUUGGACAAUCCUUCCAUGGUGGCCGAACCAUCAAUGCUGCAUCAUGAUGUAACAGUGGACCAUGCUUCCAUGUUGGACCAACCAUCAAUGCUGCAACAUACUUCAACAGUGGAUGAUACUUCCUUUGUGGCCGAACCAUCAAUGCUGAAACAUUCGGCAAGAGUGGAUGAUAUUUCCAUGGUGGACCAACCAUCAAUGAUGCAAGAAUAUUAUUCUUUGGUUCACAGUUCCACUACGGAAGAGACUUCCACGGUAAAUGAAACAUCCAUGAGGCAAGAACGAUCGACAAUGGAUGAUCCUUCCACUGAGGAUGGAAAUUCAACCAUGCAAAACCCUUUAAUGUUAGAUAAAGCCAUAGAAAGCAACAUGGUGCCUGCCACACAGACACAGGAUAACAUUAAUGAGGAGCCUGUAUUGCAUAGCCAGCAAAGUAAUAUUGAUACAGAAGAUACCAACCAGGUGGAAUUGAAUGCAGAGACUGCACAUUCUAGUGUAAUUGGCCAUGGUCUUCAAGACCAAUUCCUGGACUCUACAAAUCAAGAUAUGUCACAAACGGUCUUGGGAGCCAGGGUGAAGGAACUGAAGACAGAGGGAUACAGAGUCAUCCAUGUGUCCUGUUUGAAAAGACAAAUCGAUAAUAGGAAUAUACUUUCUGAGAUACUUCAAGUCGUGCAUUCAUUUAAAUUUUCUAAAUAUUUUGUUUUGUUUUGUUUUGUUUUGGUUUGUUCAUGGUGGGGGGGUUCAGAUACUAAUAUGUUCAAGAUAAAAAUAGAGAAAAUAUAUGUACAGACACAUAUUCCAUAUUACAGUGAUUGUACAUGA